AUGAUUGAAGAUGACUAUUAUACUAUCGUUUUCCAUCAUGGGGGCUUGCUUGUGUCUGAACCCCAGAUGGAGUACAUUGGGGGACAAAUUGAUUCAUGGGACUAUGUGGACAUUGAUCGUUUAGAAGUAAAUGAUGGGCUAAGACCUCUUGAAAAUGACAUGGACGUUAGAAUGCUUUACUCUACUAUUCGUGAAAAAGCUCAAAACAGAGAAAUACAUUUAUAUUUUGAGCAUGAGGAUGACAUGGUAGAGGAUGCUGCCAGUAGUGAGAAUGUUGUAGAGCAUAAUGAGGAUGAAGUGAAAGUUAUUGAUGGAGAUAGUGAAGAUGAUGACUGUGGAGACAGUGAAGAUAAUGCUUAUAAACCAAGACAUAAAGAUGAGGGUGGAGACAAUGAUGAUGAUGAGAAUGAUGCAGAUGAUGAGGAUGAUGAAGAUGAUGAGGAUGAAAUUGUUGUAGAUACUGGAAGUGACAACCCAGGAUGUUCUGGUAAUCCAAAGAAGCCAAAGAAACAAAAGUGGAGGGCAUGUAAUGGUAGGCCUAUGUAUCCAAAUGUUGAGGAUGUUCAGAGGCCCCAUGAGGCAAGAAAGAUAGUUGAUGAUGAUGAAGGGGGUUACCAUUCUGAUCAUAUGGAAAGCAUUAGAGGGGACAGUGAUGAUGAAGGACGAGAUGAGAUUAAGCCUCCACAAUUCAAUGAAGGAGCACCAUUUUGA